AUGAACGACCGAACCUCUAUUAUCAUCUCCAACUUGACCAAAAGCGAUUUCGUUGCGGCACAGGGCAAAUCGCUUUCGUUGGCGGCACAAAUCAAGCUCGGCGUGCUCAAUCUUCCGGACCAGCCCGACUUCUCCAAUCUCGUCGUGCAAUGGUCCGAGUUGCCCUUUUUGAGCCGGAUCGUGGCCAUUUUCAAAACCCCAGAGGCGGCUUCUUUGGCCUACGGUUUUCUAGAAAAGUCCUACAACGGCACGCCUCUCUUCACAUUGCCGCCAACGGCGAAACUUUCUCUCCAGGAAAAUCUUUUGCAGCGCUCCCGCCUGGCAAACUCGCUUUCGGACAUAGACCCGGUUCCCGUGCCCCAGAACAAAGAUGCGUACCACGAGCCAGAACCGCAGCCGUUUGACGCUGACAAAGACCUUCCACGGCUUGGCAUCGAUGUUGCUGAGCUCAAUGACUCUGCGCCACCGAUCCGGGACUUGCGCCGCUCCAGUUCCGUCAUGAAAACCUUGUUUGCGCCUCCGCUUCGGCUCGAUACGAACUUGGCCAGCAGCGACGAGUCUCCACGCAGUCCUACAAUCACGUUGGAGGAAACGCCAUAG